GAGAACGAUGUCUCCUGUCAGGAUGAUCCGUUGUCUAAUAAGACUCAACCGGAUAGACUCAUCAAGCAUUCAGAUGAGGAAGGACUUCAUACCAGAGAUUCGGAUGAACAUGAAGACGAUGAUGAAGAUGAUGAUGUCCCAACACCCACUACUGCCGAAACGCCCGGCUGUGUUAGCACAAGUACUGCUGUCACCGACAAUUUAUUGCAAGUGGCUCCUGUAGCGGCCAAUGGAGACGGAAACAUGGUUGGUGUAGGUGAAAAUCAAGCUCUUUUUAGUUCACUUGACGUGGCCAAACCCGAAGCAACAAAGAAGGUUGAUAUCUCUUUAUCUUCUGCCGCUCGCUCGGAAGAUCCUUUAUCAUCGCGAUGUGUCAAGUUAAAUGGUCUUGAAGCUGACGCGGGUAAAACAAAACAAUCGAAUGAUCCUGGUUUGGAGAAAAAGACUCGCCGCCAGUUACAUAAAACUACUUCUAUUUUUUUCCGAUCUCUCCCUCCGUCAAUUACUCGGGCCGAACUUGUAGAGGUUUUUCCGAAAUUUGAUAUUGAUGGACCAAAUUUUCCAAAGGAGGAUUGCUUAUAA